AUGGGUCGAAUUGACCGGCUAACACAGCGGUUUGACCAGUUGGACAAUGUACUUGCUACAACUAACUUAGUUGCACCAAGAGAACAACGAAGGGAAGGGCAGAACGUUAUACCGGACCCUUCCCCUUCCCUAGUAGAACCUAUUUCAGCUGGGAACAACCCAGCGAUGAAUGUCCGGGCAGACAACAGUAAUUUACCAUCUUCAACUAUACCGGCUGGGCAACAGCAUGUGGAUUUACUUGCGGACAGGGGUGCUCCCCUUGAAGGGACAUUACAAUUUGUACGGCAGUCGACUCCUUCGAUCAGCAAUUUCUUGCAAAGAAAAGACUUUUUCAACAGUAGCAACAACGCUGUUGAAGCACAACAGUCUAGCGAAGGUAGGAACAGUGACAUUAUAUUACUCAUUAAUGAAUUUGACUACAAGUUGUUUAAGUGCAAGAAACUUCAAUUGGAAGUAGCCUACCUGGAAGAAUGUUUAAACAAAAAGAUAGUUCCAAAAGGGCUACGACAGUGGAGGUUCCCAGUAGGACUUAUUAAAGGUUCAAGCCUCCAUAGUAAAUUACUUGAUUUGUUUGACAAGCAAGCAUUUGAUUUUAUGCAAGUGCUUAUAGUACAUUACUUAGAACAAAUUCAUGAAUACCAAGUUGAUUUAGAAAAACUGGAGGUUGAUAUUAAGGGAAACCAGGAUUUUCCUAGAUAUAGGUACGAAUAUACGAGAAUUUUCUCAAGUAUUGAAGCAACAAUGAAUAAGUUAUCCAAUAAUAAACAAAAGAAAAUUAAGAGAGACUUAUUCCAAUAUGCGAACUUGACAGCGUACCCAAACCCCCCCUUGGUUACUCAAAUGAAAUACAGUGUUAAAGACAAUAACAACUUAAUAGAAAGAGGACAUCACGACAGCAACGUGGACUUUCCACCUUUGUUGGGAGCGCCUUCUCAACCGCUGCCAGUCGAUGGCCACCAAGACGCCCCAGUGGACCAAGUCCCUAACAAUUAUGUACAACCUAAUGACAAUAACAAUUAUCAGGAGGUUGGUAACAACAACAGACCAACACAUAACAACAACCCUAAUGAAGCUCAAAACACUCAGGGUUUUCGGCAAGGCCAGAACCCUCAUCAGAGGAACUUGAGGUCCAACACCAACCAGAACGUUCCGAGGAACAAACGGAACCAGAGGCGGAGAUAG